GGGUUUGACUUUCUCUGCGCUGGCUGCGGUGACAGUGACAAAUGAUUCCAACCUUUGCGUUCAUUUCUGGUCAUGAAUAGACAUGAAAUAAUUGCCAAUUCAUCACUGUCUUACACAGAAUGUGCUAUGUAGAACAUUCCUUCUCCUGCACCCAGUGCAUGCUGGAUCUUUUGAUUGCGAGCCAUUGAACAAAGCACUGAAGCUCUGGCUGCUCAGAUUAAACCAAACUGGCUUCUGUCUUUUUGAAUAGCAUCUACCUUCUCUUUGGUUAGGAGGCCAUGCUUCCAGCAUAAUGUCAGCUAGAGUUGCAAUUCAGAAGUUCUCCUUCCCCUUCUCCUGUGCUGCACGCCUUCCUCAGCAACAUGAGGCGAGCCAGGAGGGACGAGUCCAGGCGAAGGCCCUGGAGCUCCACCAACUCCCGGAGAAUGGGAUCUUAAGCCAAGCGAGGCCCGUCGCCGUCAUAGGAGCGCUGGUACAAAACAGGAAGAAGACCCCGGAGGGUCCGGAGCCCCCCGAUGGGGGGGACACUCCGGCCUCCCCCCAGCCGGCCGCGGCCUCCGGGCCGGGCGCGCCCGCGAAACUGACGGUCGAGGGCGAAGAUCAGCGGCCCGCGGCCAAGAGGCAGCUGUCGUCCGAGAGCGCGGCCCGAACCGCCGCGGCGGUGAAGAAGAGCGCCGUGAGGACGGAGGCGGAGCGGCGCGGGCCCCCGAAGCCGAAGCCCCACCUGGGACGGGGGGACCCCCCUGCGGCCGCCGGGGAGAGGAGUCGUCGAAGGGACCUGUUCACCGGCACGGAGGUCUUCGUCGGCGUCGACGCUCACGUGGUCAGCGCGGGAGCAGAGCUGAAGGAAAAGUGUGUGUAUGAUGUGAAGAGCAUAGUGCAGAGCAUCACACGCGGAGCCAGAAAUGAGCUGGAGAGGCUUCGUGCCAUCUGGGUCUGGCUGUGCCACAACAUCGAGUACGAUGUAAGCGGGUACCUCGGCCACUCGGAGAAGCUGAGCGCCCCGGAGGAGGUGAUAGCCGCCGGUCGGGGCGUCUGCUGUGGCUACUCCAGCCUCUGUGCGGAGAUGUGCAGAUUGGUUUGUGUUUACAGGGAGGUGGGCAUCGAGUGCCAGGAGGUGCCGGGCCACAGCAAGGGCAUCGGGUACCUUCAGGGCCAGAGCCUCAAGGAUGUGAAAUCCGAUCACCUGUGGAACUCCGUGCUGCUGGGAGGACACUGGUUCCUGUUGGACGCCUGUUGGGGAGCCGGACGAGUGGAUGUGCAACGCGAAAGCUUCGUCAAAAGGUUCGACGAUUUCUAUUUCCUGACGGACCCGGAGGAGUUCAUAGAAUCGCACUUCCCCGAUGAGGAGAAGUGGCAGCUCCUGGACGCGCCCAUCCCCGUGGAGGAGUUUGAGAGGAGGGUCUUCAAGACCUCCGCCUUCUUCACUAUGGGGCUCAGGCUGAUCCAGCCUCACUACUUCCACAUCGUCACAGAUGACGGCGAGGCGAACGUGUCCCUCAGCUUCUCCAGGCCAGCGACCUUCACCUAUGAGAUCACACAGCACCAGGACCUCCUGCACUGCGGAGCUCCGGAGCAGAGGGAGUCCAGCGGCUCCUCCUUCGGCCUCCUGACGCUCUCCCACCGGAGCAUGAAGCUGCAGCUGCUGCCGCCCGCGAGCGGCGCCUACGACGUCAAGGUGUUCGCCCGCCCCGAAGCCGCCACCACGGCCCUGGUUUGGGUCUGCUCCUUCACGGUCGAGUGUCCGAUCCCCAGGGCCAUGGAGGAGAUCCCGGAGAACCCCUUCCUGUCUUGGGGCCUGCAGCCGGCUGCCGGCUCCCUGGGAGUCGCGGGCAGCAGCCUCGGCAGCGACGCUGCCGAGGUGGAGCAGGGCGCCUUCCAGUUGGCGCUGAAGACGUCCAGGCCCCUGAUGAUGCUGUGUGAACUGGUCCACCCGGGGCUGGAGGCCGCCGUGGCCAAGCGCUGCCUGGCGACUCAGAUCCAACCGGAUGCCCUGGCGUGCCACGUCCUGUGCCCCGCGCGCGGCUUCUACCGACUCUCAGUGUUCGUGCGGGACUACGAGAAAACGGAGGUCAAGUUCCAGAACGCCGGAAACUUCCUGUUGCGCUGCAAAGGGAAGGUGGUUGCACCGGACCAGCUCUACCCUCCCAACCUGGGCUCGGCGUGCGGGCCGGGGACCCGCACGCUGGAGGCGGGGCUGUCCAAGUUCAGCCACGCGACGGCGCUGGUGAGCACCCAGCAGGGGAAGUGCAACGUCACCUUCCAGAACCAGCGGGACCUGGAGCUCCACGCGGUGCUCGGCCGAGAGGAGGACAAGCCGCCGGCCUUCCCGUUGUCGCGGCAACUCUUCUGCACGUACACGGACAGCAAGGUGACGGUGAGCGUCAGCCUGCCGGGCGCCGGCGUGUACCGGCUGGGCCUGUACGCCAAGGUCACCCCCGACGGAGAGUUCGACCCCAUGUGCGACUUUGUCCUGAGGAACAGCAGCGAUCGGCCGGGGGCCCCGUUCCCCGCCGUCUACUCCGCCUGGAGGAGAGGCUGCGUGCUCUUCGAGCCCCGCGUGGGGGUCCUGGAGCGCCUGGCCUGGGUCCGCUUCCGGGUGAGGGUCCCCGGGGCCCAGAGGGUGAGCGUGAUGGGGGAGACCCGGACGGAUCUGAAACUGAACAAGAGCAGAGUGUGGGAGGGCGAGGUCUUCAGCGGCAGCGGCCUCCAGCCUCUGAAACUGGCCGCCGCCUCGGGGGAGUCCGGUGACAUGGCGGUGCUGUUGACCUUUGACAUUGAGCAGCUGGGGGGGAGGGAUGUGGAAACAAGCCUCCAGACGGGUGCUCCUCCGAACACGGCUACGUGGUGACGUUGUUCAUACGGACUGACGGUAGUCACACCCGCUCAGGUUCGAUGGCAUCAAGACAACACAAGCGGACAAAAGGUUUUGCGUAAACUUUGUAGCAAUGAAGUGAUAGAAAUAUGCAAUAUUAAACUUACCUGCCAAUUGUUUGGGAUUUAUUUUUAAAGCUGUUGUUUGAUCCAAAAAAAAAGACGAUGUCAUACAGAUCAACAGCGGCUUCGGGCAUGAAAUAAAAUGUACUGUGAGAACAAUA